CGGUUUUAUUUACCUAUCUCGCGUUCAUGGCGUACGAGUGCACCAGGCCAGACGGAUAAAAUGUAAAUUGUCUGAGGCGAUAAAUACUGUGGAAUAUACCUGAAAAUCCGCGUGAAAACGCAGGAAAUUUUAAAUGAGAAGUGUGCUUGACCGAAGAUGAGCCAGGAGUAUACUGGGACUAGUGAGAAUAAUCCCCCACCCUCGUCAGCAGAGCACCAGUCAGGAGAUAAGCCACAGUCAGUCGAACCGGACGUUACCCAGUCUGCUCAGUCCACACAGCAGUCUUCAGCACCACAGCAAGCUGCCGCCAGCUCCAAGCCUUCCAGUUCCCCUAAGCGAACCCAGCCCCACGCAGCCAAAAUGCAGCGAGUGACUAUCUUGAUGCUCGACGGCACAAAGUUUGAGUGCGAUGUUGAGAAACGUUGCAAGGGUCAGGCAAUCCUCGACAAGGCAUGUCAGAAUCUGGACCUGAUGGAGAAAGACUAUUUUGGGUUAGUCUACAAAGACAACCAGGAAGCAAGGACAUGGCUUGACCCAACAAAAGAAGCAAAGAAGCAGAUAAGAAAUGGUCCAUGGAUGUUCUAUUUCAAUGUCAAGUUCUACCCUCCAGACCCUGCCCAGCUCAAGGAGGAUGUGACCAGAUAUUUCUUGUGCCUGCAGCUGCGCGACGACAUCCUGAAGGGUAAAUUGCCCUGUUCCCUGGUCACGCACGCCCUCCUGGGCUCCUACGUGGUGCAGGGCGAGCUGGGCGACUACGACCCGGAGAGGCACGGCAUCGACACCAACUACCUGAAGGAGUUCCGCUUUGCCCCCAACCAGACCCACGAGCUGGAGGAGAAGGUCAUGGAACUGCACAAGACUCACAAAGGACAGACACCGUCUGAAGCCGACUUGCACUUCCUUGAAAAUGCAAAGAAACUGGCGAUGUAUGGAGUAGACCUCCACCACGCUAGGGACUCUGAGGGGGUGGACAUUAUGCUGGGCGUGUGUGCCAAUGGUCUUCUCAUUUACCGCGACCGCCUGAGAAUAAACCGCUUUGCCUGGCCCAAGAUCCUGAAAAUUUCCUACAAGAGGAACAACUUCUACAUCAAGAUCAGACCGGGAGAGUUUGAGCACUUUGAGAGCACCAUCGGCUUCAAGCUGGCCAAUCACCGCGCUGCUAAACGCCUUUGGAAGGUCUGCGUGGAGCACCACACUUUCUUCAGACUGGUCUCUCCCGAGCCACCACCAAAGAGAACGCUCUUCCGUCUGGGAUCAAAGUUCCGCUACAGUGGCCGCACGCAGUUCCAGACGCGCCAGGCCAGCGCCACCAUUGACCGCGACAACCCCAAGUUCGACCGCGCCCUGAGCGGCCGCCUCUCCAGGAGUAUGGACGGAGGUUAUGGUGGACCGAUUGACCGCGAGGAACGUCCGGACGAGGUCAUCCUGGCCGCCCAGGCCAAGCAGCAGCUGGCGGAGCGCCCACAGAGUCAGUUUGAGCAGAACCUGGAGUUUGCCGACAACGAAGACGAACAGAAGUUGCAUUUUGUCGACUCGGAAGACGAGGACAAAGGCAAGGAGGGAAGCGAGGGAAGAGCCGAGAGCAGUGUUGAUGAGGGGGCGAAAGAAGGGCUGAAAGAGGAAGUGUCCCAGGAUCACGACAUAACUUCCGACGAAGGUGAUUACGAUGGAGUCGAUCCAGAGAUGGCCGAGAAAUUUCAGGAGAUCAAGAUGACCUACUUUUCGAGAUCCGCUGAUGACGUGGCUGCAAGCAAGCCAGAGGAUGAACCUCUGCAGUUCAUCAGCCCUGGGGAGGAGGGCUAUGAGAUGCAGCCCGGGCAGACCAGGUACCAGACCACCACCACCACCACCACCACCAAGACUGUGUACAAAGUGGAGAGGACCGAGGACGAGCCUGGUGUCGUGCUGGAAGGCGAACCCAUUCUAUUAGAGCCGUCGUUGGAAGAAGCGCCCACCACUGUCACCACUAACGUCAAUACGUUUGUUAGCGUCAGCCCCGAAACCUACCAAGAGCCUCCGCAGCCAGCCGUUGAAGGAGAUGUCGCCGUCAUGAAACGUCUCGAUGAAAACGCUGAGCCCCAGCCGGAAGAUGACGAAAUGGUGGCCGCCACGGCCUCAGAAGGAGACGAACCCUACGUCAAGACGGCGACCAUCGUCCAGCAGGGCGGCCCCGACGAGAACUCGCAGUUCACCCAUGACGUGCCCUACGUCCAGACGGAGAACACGACCAUCACGUACGAGCGGGACGAGCCCGACAACAGCCUGGACGACACGGGCGUGUUGGUGAGCGCUCAGACCUUGUCAAGCGAGAGCCAUACCACCACCACCACCACACACAUUACGCGGACUGUGAAGGGGGACGUGACAGAGACCCGCGUGGAGAAGAAGAUCAUCAUUCAAGGGGACGGGGACAUCAACAAAGACGAGCUUCUGGCCCAGGCCAUCGCUGAGGAGCAGAGAGAAAACCCUGACUUCAAAAUCACGAAGGUGGUCAUCCACAAAGAAGGGGAAGAGACUAAUGGGGAUCUGGAAUAGACCCCUGGAGUUGGAUAUAUACAAGUGCUAACGAGUGAGCGGAGACCCGUCAAACACCUGAUUACUUUCUUGAGGUGCAUUCAAGCCAAACCGUUUUGCACUCCGUUCUAAACAGAUUUUUACCAAGUACGUCAAGUUAUUAUCACUGUAGAAACUUGUAUACACACCUAUUACCAGCUUAAUUCCUGUGCCGUAGUACUCCUCAAAAGGCGCUUGCCACAUUUUAGAUUAUUAUUACUGUUUAUUUGAUCAUGUUUGCUCUUUUUAAUUUGGAAGACAAUUUGGGCACUUGCGAGUUUUAAAUGUGGACUUUUUAAAAAUGUAAAAUUUGAAGUGAUGGCUUUUUCAUUAAUUAUUUUCGGUUUUGUUCCUUUGAUUUUUUUUUUCUGGAUUGAUUUUGUAAAUGGAAUGGAUAGGUACAAUGCAAAGUAAUGAGAAUAGUUAAAUUUGGGGAUUUUCGUUUUCCUCUGUUUCGUUACCAAAGAUGUGGGUGAGAUAUGAAAUGGUUUGAUGCAGCCAUUUAAAGAAAUAGAACAAUUAUCAGGCUUUUCUGCUGAAGUGUAGAAUCUCGUGAGGUUCCCAGGCAAACCUUAUUUGUGGACAAAAAGAUAUUUUAAAUUUGUGAGCUGUGUGUCCAUUUUAGAUUUGUUCUGCCGUAAAUACAUUUCACCUUUUUUUUCCUAACACAUAGGGACAGUGACACUUUUGGGGCUCGUUAAAAUCAUUGUUACUGAUUGGUUUUGGAUUUUUCUGUGUGUUGGAUAGUUUUAACAAGUAGCAGUAGCCAUCAAGACGGAACAGGAGAUGCAAAUUUGUAGUGUGAAAUAAAAUGGGCGGAAAAAAAAGAAAAGGAAAAAAAACAAAAAAAAUACAAAACGCUUAGAAAAUUGUACACAAUUCAAAAACCGAUAAUUCUUUUCCUGGCGUCUUGAGUCGUGUAGAAAUUGCUGAAAAUGUGCAGUAUAUGUCCCGGAAGGGGCGUACGUAGUGUAACUACAGCAUAAUGUAAUAAAUUAAUAAUCUUGCUUUUUAAUCGAGUAGUCAUCUUAGUGGUUAGAAAAAAAAACUAAAGUGAUCGACACUUAACGGUGAUCCUGUCACCACUGAAUUUUGCGGUGAUGGGGUAAUUUCUUGUAAUUAUUGUUGAAAAAAAACACCCAAUUUGCGUAGCAUGUCAUGUAGUCAUUGUUGUUUCCUGUAUCACUGUGGAGUUGAAUGUAAACAGUACUUUUUUUCCUGAACGAAAGGACGGUACUGACGAUAAGAGGACGUAUGUAUAAUUUGGCUUUGUUAGAAUGCAAUGGGAACAUUUUGUAAUACACUAACGGUAGUCGAAUUGAUGGGAAAAAUCAUUCAAAAUGUAUUUUGUUGUUUAGUUUUCAGUUGCCUCUUUUUUUUUUUAAAAUCCAGGCAUGUUUAUCUUUUUUUACGUUGUGCUUUUAUCAGAAAAGGCCUUCGAAAAUUGUAGUUGUGAAAUAUCCAACUACUUUUGGUCUUCUGUUGUUGGAAAGAGUCAAGUUGUAACAUUUUAAAUUUCUAUUUCUCCAGUCACUGCAUUGAUUUUGAAAAUAGAUGCUAGUUCUCACUCUUAAGUACAAACUACAAAGUAGAUUUGAAAAAAAAAUUGGAAAAAGGACCGGGAUCAAUAAACUCGCAGCACGUUUUAACCACAGGUAGAAUUUUUCUUUUUUUUUUUCAUUUUUUACAUUUUUAAAGACAUCUUUUAUUUUGGUCUUUGGAACGUUUUCAUACAGUGAGACAAAAACUUGUGGACAUGCGUCCCUCAAAUACCUUUGAUCCGCUGUACAUACUCGUCUAAAAUAAUUGGCAAAGGAGAGUAGAUUUUGGCCGUAAUUCUGAUCGUUCGUGGUUUUUAUUUCUGCCACGACAUACUGCAUGCAGGGCAUUUGGUUUUGUCACAAUUGGCUGUUUGUUUUCCUUGAGAACGCCAUUUACACAAACACCAUCAUUCAGCCAGUUUUAGAGUUUCUAUCACUUUGCUGUGCUCAGUAGCGAGAGUUUUUCUUUGAAGCCAAGUUUCUGUAUGAAUUCUGUAUGAAAAAUUAUCGUAGUACGCCACAUUUUUUGUAUUUUGAUUCACCUUAAUUCAGUUGCUUAUACAUCUACGGACCCUAAGUUUUUUGUGCAACCACUAUAACAAUUCAGUGAGUACAUUGACCUACAUUUGCAUGAUUUCCAAAAAUAAAAGCUUUCUGUUUUUGUAAAGCGUUAACUGGUGUAAGUUUUUAAAGAUGCCUAGCUGUCGAAUUAGCUCAAGGCGUCUGGUGAUUCUUUGGUGAAUGUGUUCGUGAUGACGAAUAAUUUUGCUGACGUGACAUCGACUUGAUAUUCCGAAGAUUAGCUGAUGAGAGAGAUAUUUGCCGAAUGUUGUCCCAAACAAUUUUUGAGAGCGCUGUUUUAAUGGUGAAUAGAAAUGUUUGAUACACUUCUGCCAAGGCUGUGUGCUUCAAAGUCAAUUUUGACACUGCCAGGUGCAUUUUAUCCCUUUGGCAAAUUUUAACACGGUACAAGGAGUGAAAUGAUGUUCGAACAGCGCCCUCAUUUGUCAUCAGCUGCCAGUUUGUGCUGGAGUUCAAUAUGCAAUAGACGGGGAAGGGGACGCCACCAAAAAUGAAUGUGGUUAUAAAUGUGUUGCAGUGUUCAUAAGAAAAAAACCAAUGUGAGUGGAUUAUUUUGUGAUCGUUGAAAUUUUGUGGAACAUUUAAUAAAGCCCAAUAAAAACUACCCUACUUGAAUCUACAACGGA